AUGGCUAGAAAAAUCACCUGGAAGGAAGUGGGUCCUGCCAAAGGGUACCCGAUCUUGUCGCCUGCCUUCGUGACAUGUAGCUCAGAAAACCUGGUUUUCACCGCUGGAUGCGUGGGCACAGAUCCUAAAACUGAACAGAUGCCAGAGAGCUUGGAGUUGCAGACGCGAAACGCGUUGCAGAACCUGAAAAACGUGCUGGAGGCCAGUGGGUCGUCGUUGGACGGCGUGGUGAAGGUGCUUUUGUUUGUCGCUGACGGGUCGUGUGCGCCCGUGGUCAACAAGGUGUACCACGAGUUUUUCCCUAACAGCCCAGCCCGUUCGUGCAUCGUGGUGAGUUUUCCCGACACGCGUGUGAAAGUAGAGUUGGAGUGCGUGGCCGUGGCGGCGAAGCCCACGGCCACACGCAAGAGGUGGUUCAAGCUAUAA